GAAAGGAGACGAACCGCUGUGGAGGUUGAGACCAUCUGGUGCGCGAGGCCCGAGGGCGAAGCCUCUUCCGCGGCGAUGGCGGCGAAGUCCCGGGGUCUUUUUCGGUGGCGGGCGGGGCGCUGGCCGCUGUUGGUGUGGGCCUUCCAGUGCCUGUGCCCGCGGCCGGCGGAAGCCCUGGUGGAAGGCUUGUAUUGCGGCAAGCUGGUGUGCUACGACGUGCUCGGGGUCGGCCGCGACGCCAGCAAGGCUGAAAUCGCCCGGGCUUACCGGCAGCUGGCUUUGCGUUACCAUCCGGAUCGGCAGCGGGACCCCGACCCGGAUGGCAAAGGAGCCGAGACCGCUCAGGAGAAAUUCCUGAUGAUCGCUACCGCCUACGAGACCCUCAAGGUGAGAGAGCGGGGCCGGGACCGCCCCCUCCCUCCUCCCGGCCUGGGCGGCUGUCUCCGGUAAGACCCCCCCGGCACCCUCUCCCCUUCUGCGAACGCGCGCCUCCUCCCGCCGGUGGCCCUGAGAGAGGAUGGAGCAGCUAGCUGUUGGA